AUGGAUACGUCACAAUCUCAUCAAGACGCAGUCUCAAUGCCGUCGCCGCAUCGAGAGAAGCCAUCCGCUGGGCCUGGACUGCUGUCUAGAUUUCCCUUUAUGAAACCGGCCUUGGGACCGCAACCGAUUGAUGUCGCGGCCGAUGGAGGUUCUUCACAGGACCCUGGGCCAUUUCAUACCACUUCUAUACCAGCGCAGCCGAAAACACGGCGGAGGCGCGGCUCCCUUAGAAAGGUUGCCUUACUCGGCAGAGGAGCGCAGCGGGACAAGCGCGACGGCAAACAUCUGGCAAUCGAUACAGCACAAGCCACAGCAUAUUCCCCUUUGCCCGACAAUCGCGCCGUGACUUCCAAUGGCAGUCGCGAUGCCCUUGGCCUCGAUGUUGCGGACAUACGCCUUCAGGCAAACCCUGAAUCACUGGACACGCCUGCUGGACCUGGGCGCACAGUCGACUCGGAGCGCGAUACGGAUGCUCAGGCAACACAGGAUACAUCAACAACCGACGAGGAUGAUGCUUUACAUAUCACACAUAAUGCGACCCCCUCAAGGCCAAAUUUGUCGGCCUCUUCCUCGGGCUCGGAUUCAUAUUUUACUACACGGGCCUCAUCACCUCGCCCGAACUCCUUCCAGCCGGUCAAAUCACCACUAUCAUACAGUGGCAUCUCUACGAAUACAAUACCUACUUCAGAUGCCGAUUGGGAUUAUGCGGAGACUGAGUGGUGGGGUUGGGUUGUUCUGACAGUGACAUGGUUGGUCUUUGUCAUUGGCAUGGGCUCUUGCCUUGACGUUUGGAGCUGGGCAUGGGACGUUGGCAAGACGCCUUAUGCGCCGCCCGAGUUAGAGGAUGACCCGACAUUGCCCAUAGUGGGCUACUAUCCUGCCCUUAUAAUACUUACGUGCGUCAUGGCUUGGGUAUGGGUUGUGGUGGCGUGGGUUGGUAUGAAGUAUUUUCGUCAUGCCAAAAUCAGCGGUGAUUAG